CAAGCUAAAACAGCAGUUGUCUUACCAGAUAUUAAACCAUUACCAAGCAUCAUACCUUCAUCGAAUUCUACAAAAAAACAAUCUCUUCGUGAAUUUGAUGAUGAUAAUGAAUUAUUAAAAGAAUUUGAAUCUUGUACAUUGACAUGUUGGUCUCAUGAAAUUCAUUUACAUAUAACAUGGCUUUAUUUAACACGUGAUGGUCGUCGGAUUAGUGUUAAUAAAAUAUUUGAUAAUAUGAAAAAUUUUCUUCAAUCUAAUCAAAUAUCACCAAUGAUUAAAUUUCAUUUUACGUUGACUUAUUUUUGGAUUCAAAUGGUUGAUUUAGCUAUUGCACAAAAUAAUUCAAAAGAUCUAAAUUUUAAAGAAUUUAUUGAGAAAAAUCCACAUCUAUUGAAUGAAAAUUUAUUUUUAGAUUAUUACAAGAAAAAAACAAUAUUAGAUAAUCCAAUUGCACAAGAACAAAUGGUUUUACCUGAUAUUAAACCUUUACCAACAUUAGUUACAUCUAAUAACAAAAACUAA